CUGAAAUCUGAAAAUCAGUCGGAUUUCAAAAUGCAAAUAAUAAAAUACCCAUUUUGAGGACGCAACUGUACUACAAAUGCAAAUAAAAGCACCACAAUAGUUUCGAGCAAAAUUCAGUUGCAAAACCAUAGCGAAUUGUCAUUCAGUUGACAGCAAAUCAACGCAAAAUCAAGAGCGGAACAACUGAACAAAAAAAAAAACAACAGGAAAACGAGAGCGAAAACCGUAAAUCACACAGAGCAACCAAAAAUCUUAGAAAAGCAUAGAAAAGCACGCCGCCCACUUUUAUAUAGAAAAAUAUAAUUCCAAUUUAUUUCUUGCUUCCUAUGCCACAGCAACAUCAAAUUUGUAUGCAGAUUAAACCAAAAAGCAAAACCCAUAACGAGAAAACUUUCUUAAAAUUCUAAACAUCUUUUCGAUGCGACAUAUAGAACAAGCGUCAAGAAAAGACAAGCAGAAAAAAAAAAAACAACAACAAAAGAGACGCCUAGACCAGUGUGACGCUAAAUCCGAGCAGCGUAAUAAUAACACCAAAGGCGACAGUGAUUGUUGAUUUGCGAAGGCAGUAAAAAAAGUAGUAACCGCAAAAGUCCUGACAACAACAACAACAAAAACAAUAUCUAGCAGUAGCUGGUAACAAUUGCAAAUAAAUACAAUACAAAACGUAAAAUCGUUGGUCGACUGACACUUUGUCUGCUAAAGCUUUGCGUUUAUUGCUUGUGGAAAAUAGAACGAAAAAAGCUGCAUAAAUAAAAAAAAAAAUAUUGUGGCGCGUCGUCUUGAAAAUGCGCUAAUUCCUAAUAAAGUCGUCAACUUAUAGGAGAAAGCAGACAAAACGUAAAAAAUAGAGAGCGAAGUUGAAAGUAGUAUUAAGCACGUCAACGUACAUACACACGCAUUAUAAAGAGGAGAGCAGAGCGCUAGCUAGGCGCAGCGUUAAAGCUAAGACAGCUAUCCCUGUGAUAUAUGAAAAUUGCACUGUAACUAACUGGUAUUUAAAACAUAGCCGUUAUAUAAGAAAAGAAGUAAUAGCAAAUAGUAUGACUGCAAGUCUAUCAGCAAAUAAUUAGCAAAUAAAUAAAUAAAGGCAUACCGACAUACAAACCUACAUAUGAAGCGCUAAGCCAGUCAAAAAAAAAACUCUUCAGCCUCUAUAUAAAUAUAUAAUUACUACUAGUAGAACAGCUGAAAGUUGUACAUAAUUAAUUUAAAUAGAAAUAAAUAAAAAUUAUUACAAAGUUAAACUUACUCGAACAUAAAGUAACUUAAUAGAUUGCAAAGAAAUUUUUAAGCGCUUAAAAAACAUUUUAAAAGUUAGUAAAUUGCCUUACAACAACAGAUCACUUAAGAUUAUAGAAAUAACACUCGUUUAUACUUCGUAAUUCUGCGUUUAUAUUUCGUAACACUUCCUUCACACUUCGUAUAGCUCUCUUACUCUUCGUUUACACUUCGUGUAACUUCACAACAUUUACUUUGGAUUUCGUAUAGCUUCGCAACACUUCGUAUUAAUUUGUUACAUUCGUUUUUAAUUCGUAUGACAUCGUAACACUUCGUUUAUAUAUUUGCCAACUCCGUAACUCUUCGUCAAUCGUCGUUACAGCUCGUAGUUGCAUUCGUUAAACUUCGUAACUUCGUACAUUAAUUACCAUUUCACUUCGGCGCUGCGCAACAACUGUUCGUUUAUCAUCGAAACGCUUCGACGCAGCACUAGAACACUUCGUUCAUCUUCAUAUCACUUUGGCGCCGCGUAACUCUAGACAUUGUUAAUUCAUUCAUACUUUUGCUCAACCCAUUACCCUUUAUCGGGCAUAAUCAACAACAAAAACAGCAACCAUGGGUGAUGAAUUGGAGGAGCGCACCUUCAAGGAGAAGAUGCUCUUCUAUACCACUGCCUUCUUCAUUCUACUCGGCACAUUCAGCAUGUUCGCCUUUCUCUUUCUUGUGCCCUUUGUCAUCGAGCCCGCAUUCACAACGAUAUUCAUGCAAUUCGAAGAGGUGCCAGCGCUUUGCGAAACCUACGAUGUGGAAACCUAUUUCGGCGCCAAGAAUUGCUCGUGGGCGUCUUGUCGUGAGGGUUGCACAAAGGAUAUUUACACUUGUACGCAAAUACGCGUCAACUAUCGACUGAAUUUGUAUAAUUACACAGAUGAAUUCAAUUUCACUGAAUAUCACAUCAAUUUGGCUUGGGCGGAACGUGAAUUGCCGCCAGUGAAGCGUACGGAUCGCUAUGAGCGCGCUAUACGCGAUUAUGAUUACGAUGCGGCUACGAGUGAUGCCGCCAAAGCGAAUCAGUUAGAAGGGGCAAUGGGUGCGCCAAUUGGCGCUGUGGGGUCAGCGUCUGCAUCUGCGUCGGCAGCAGCAGCAGCAACAGCAGCAACAGCAUCAUCAUCGGCGGCGGCGGCGGCAGCAUCGAGCAACAACCUGCAGCUGGAAACGAUCAGCUUUGAUGGUGGUUUAGAUGGUGGUGGUGGUGCAAUUGGUGAUGGCACAAGCGGCUAUCUCGUCGAUGAGGAGGCCAUGGAUGAUGAUUUGGGCCUUGGUGGUAUUGGUGGUGUGCUCAUCAACGAGGAGCGCCAGCCCUUCGAUGAGAUAUCCGAAUUGAAUGAGGGUCUCAUGGGCAAUAAUUCGAUGUAUUUUUAUGUUGGCGCGCGCCUAUUCCCUAACGUUAAGGGUUGCGGCUAUCCGCCCAUGCUCAAUUGCACCAUUUGGUUGAAGCGUUACACGAAGAUUGGCAUCAAAUUUCCAUGCUACUAUUCAAAAGUGGAUCCAAGUUUGGUGAUAAGCGAUUUGGAUUAUUGGCAGAACACAUUAAAUCUGAUCUAUUCGAUGGCCAUACCGAUACCAUCGUUCAUUAUAUCGGUGAUAUACCUGACAUAUGCGUACUUCAAAAUCUAUAAUGAGGAUGAAGAGACGGCGCCGCUCGAUAAGAACGCCGAAGAUAUGGAUAUUGAUGAGGGUGAAGUGGAUGAGAGUGAUGGCGCUGCGUUGGCAAAUAAUGUCGCUGGCAGUCAAAUCAUCAAUAUGGACUCGACGACGGGUGAGAGUUGUGUGGAUGUGGUGCUGCCGAAUGGUGGACCCGGUAUGACAACCUCAAUAUCGCAGGGUGGCUCGGUCACAACGCCUGGACAGUAUUUGGCGCAAUCGCCGGUCGGUUCACAAAUGACACCGAAUUCCGAUAUGAACUCAUUCGGUCAUCAGCUUAAGGUGCAAAUGGCAGACGAAAUGUCACGCGACUCACUGGAAAAUGGUGUGCUGUCGACUUCGAAUUCUGUGCAAGGAAACUUGAGCAAGACGAUGACGACGAGUAUCUCAACUCCUCCUGGGCCGACGGCAGCAGUUUAAAACGCAAAGUUCAUGGCAUGGAUAAUAUACGUUUUCGCAUUGGACAAUGAAAUGUGUGCGCACCAAUUACUUAUUUAGCUUUUUAAAAAAAAAAUAAAUCUCAGCUCGUACCAGAGAUAUGAACACACACCACACGACAAUUAUCACUAAAGAAAACAAAAAAAAACUAAAACAAAAAUAAAUAAAAUCCAAUUAUCGAGCUUAGUACUUUUUGGAUGCAGCACAAGCAAAA